AUGAAGGACGUGCGGAGCAUUGCGAAAGAUAUGCGAUGCGAUACACUACGGGGUCCGACCGGAGUGGGGUCCGAAGGGGGGCCCGCAGCCAUCGAAUCGGGGGAAAUGGAUCUCGACCCCAGAAGUGACGAAUCAGAUGGAGAAGACGGAGCUGAUGAGGCUUCAGGAGCAAAGAUUGAUUCGCAAAUGCAGCGAAAUGGGACGAUAUUUAGUCCAUAUCGACUUCAUGAUUCUAAAAUUGGAUGGGUUGCGAGCACGGUUGAUACUCAGUCCCGCGAAGAUCAAUCAAAACGCCAAAAGGAAGAAAAAAAUGCAUGGAGGGACUAG